UAACGAAGAUAUUGAUAUCUGUCUGGCUAGAUAGCUUGCUAAACGUAGCAUCUCGAUAGUAUUCAGUUAAAAAUCUUGAAGCAAAGUCGGUACAGGACUCCGUGACGUUAGUACAGUAACGUUAGCGCUCAGCACUUUAGUUUUGUAAUUAGCUGUCAGCUGUGCUUUGUUUGAAGCUGAAUGAACAUGAAUGAAAGGUGUAGCAGCUAUGACUGCUUGUUAUGGGGUGGUGUCUACUUAUAAGUAACGAUGUCAGCGGGUGCCGUCUUCUCCGUUAUCCUAGCUAUUGGAUUAGCAGCACUUUUUUCAGCCGUGCACAAAAUAGAGGAGGGCCACAUUGGUGUUUACUACAGGGGAGGAGCACUCCUAACUGCAACUAGUGGCCCCGGUUUCCACCUUAUGUUACCUUUCAUCACAUCCUUCAAGCCUGUACAGACUACUCUCCAAACAGAUGAAGUUAAGAAUGUACCAUGUGGUACAAGUGGGGGUGUUAUGAUCUAUUUCGAUCGGAUAGAGGUUGUGAACUUCCUUGUGGCUUCAGCAGUGUAUGAUAUUGUGAGAAAUUUCACGGCUGACUACGACAAGGCCCUGAUUUUCAACAAGGUCCACCAUGAGCUGAACCAGUUCUGCAGUGUGCACAGUCUGCAAGAGGUUUACAUUGGGCUGUUUGACCAAAUAGAUGAGAACUUGAAGAUGACUCUGCAAGAGGAACUGACAAACAUGGCCCCUGGCAUAAUCAUCCAGGCAGUUCGAGUCACCAAGCCCAAUAUUCCUGAGACCAUACGCAGGAACUAUGAACUCAUGGAGAGUGAGAAAACAAAACUGCUCAUUGCAGCUGAGACUCAGAAGGUUGUGGAGAAGGAGGCUGAAACGGAGCGGAUUAAAGCAGUGAUUGAGGCUGAGAAGCUUGCCCAGGUGGCUGAGAUCAAGUUUAGCCAGAAAGUGAUGGAGAAGGAAACGGAGAAGAGGAUAUCUGAAAUCGAAGACUCCGCUUACCUGGCCAGGCAGAAGGCAAAAGCUGACGCAGAGUUCUACUCGUCCCAGAAAACGGCUGACGCAAACAAGCUGAAGCUCACGCCGGAAUACUUGCAGAUGAUGAAGUUCAAAGCCAUCGCCACCAACAGCAAGAUCUACUUUGGCAGCGACAUCCCCCACAUGUUUGUGGACUCGGGCCCCACGGGAACACCCAUGUCUUCCAAGGCCAUGGACAUGCUGUCUGAGGGCGUCCUGGACUUUGAGUGACUGACACAGGGUGAGACCAAGCACCACUCCCUGGGCCUGCAGCAAUGAUGGAGCCCCUCUAGGCUGGAGAGACAACACCCCUCCUCUACCCCCCUCUCCCCUUUUAUAUGCUGGGCAGCUGGUGUAGCUGGUAGCUACUCACAGUUAGUCACCUGACCGCUUGUGGCAGGAUCAGAUGCUGGUGUAACCCUCAGAGUAAUGGAAUGUAACCAUCUGUCAUUACGGUGCCCACUCACGCCUUGUACUGUACAUAACUCUUUCCUUCUGUUGUAUAGGCUCUCCUUGCAAAGAGGGCAUUUAAAUGUAGAAUUAUGUUAUGCACUUUGUUUGUUUGUUUGUUUGUUUGUGUUACAAUCAUGUGGAGCAGGGUUUCUCCCUUUGGAUCUAGAAUAUUAACUAGACCCAUCUUCAUUCUUCCAGAGCACAUCUGGGUACUUAAAAGGGGAGAUUAGUAUGUCAUUACUACUGGCCUCAUUCAGCUCAUUCCACCGCAUAUGUUUAUUGCCAGGCCAUAGUAUCAAGACCUCUGGAAAAUGCAUAUAUCUCUAAAGGGGAAGCAACUGCUGAGUCAGUGUGAGUAUAGUGCACUGUAAUGCUGUUUUAUGAUCAUUCCGGAUAUCAGCAGGCAGAUUAUUGACAAACCUGAAAGAAAGGGAGAAGUAGUGGCUCACUACCAGACAGGGAAGCCUGUCUGCAGUGUUGCUGUGAUGACCACAUUCUGUGUGGCCCAUGCUGUUCUGAACAAAACUCUGCCUUUGGCUGCAUUGGCAGACACCAUUGCAGGGCUUUUGGCUUUUGGUAAGGGCACACUGAUUUUGUUUGUUUGUUUAUUUUGUUUGUUAUAAUAAAUGCCUGGUCCACUGCCAGCCUCUCCCCGCUUCAGUCCUCCCAAAAAUAUUUAUCAAAUGGCAAUACCUCUUAUAAUUUAACAUUGGCUGCAGCAUGUCCAUGUUGUUCUCACUGUUUGAUGUUUGCUUUCAGUUUUGUAAACCGUCUAAAGUUGACCAUUUUUUUUCACGUUCAUUCACUACAGAGCAUGUCUUAUAUUGAUCUUUUUAACUUGAAACAUUGGGUUAUUUUAAUCUAGUGUUAUUUUUUAAUGGCUCUACUUUAACAUACCUGUGCACAGCAUGAGAGUUGAUAACACUGGUGUGAAUUAAGUUGUGAAGGGAUUUGGCCCUUUUGACCGAACAAGUCAUUCAUAUUUUAAUGACAUAAAUGAACUUCUUGAAUCCUCUCCCAAGGUAAUUGCAGCUUAGCUGUGGAAAACUAUUAGUUAUUCAGAAAUAGGAACCUGAAUGUAAAAUGUUUCUUAAGGUCAGCUGCAUCAAAAGUACCUGUUGGUCACACUGGCUACUGUUUUGAUACUUAGUUUGAUACAGUAGUUUGUCCCCACAUGAACCAUUGAGUGACUUCCAGCUCAGGAUGACUUGACUAUGACUUGAAUGGAACUAUUUUUGCACUCUUAAAUGAUAUUGUGGGGUGGGGAUGAUGAGUGUAUUUUAUUGUUUAUACAAUAAAUAUGUAUAAUGAUUGAA